AUGAAGACUACGAUUCUACUGUUUUGUCUCCUAGGAUCAACUCAGUCAUUACCAAAACAGAUUCGCCCCACUCUGGGAUUUCCUGCAACGACAUCUCCAGAUCAGGGGACACGACUGACCCAAGAGCAAGCAAACCAGGUCUUUCCUUCGAUAAGUCUAAUACCGCUAGCACAGCUGCUCACCCUGGGGUCAGACCUGCAAUUGCUCAACCCCGCCACUGGACCGGCACAUGGCACACAGACGUUUCCUUUUCCCCUAGGGCCGCUGAACAGACCACAGCAGCUGCAGCCCCAGAUGUUACCCAUCAUUGUGGCACCACUUGGAGCUCAGGGUGCUCUCCUAAGCUCAGAGGAACUGCCAUUAGCCUCACAGAUCUUCACAGGCCUCCUUAUUCACCACCCCUUGUUUCCCGGAGGCAUUCUGCCUUCCAGUCAGACAGGGGCUAAACCAGAUGCGCAAACCGGAGUCCUUCCUACGAGACAGGCAGGAGCAAGCCCCGCUGUACAGGGAACCACCCAGGGCCAAGUCACAACUCCGGGUGUCACAGAUGACGACGACUAUGAAACCAGCACCCCUGCAGGCAUGAGAAGGGGCACACACACCACGGAGGGAACCACUCUAGACCCACCGAAUAGUAAGUUGUCCCAGCUUACACCAUGCUCGUCACCAGGAAGGUCAUCUGCAGAGUGGCAGAGAGGAGUUCUUUGCCUUUGCAUUGACAAAAACAGACCUCAGUAG